GAAAGCCAGUAAGAAAUCCCAAAAUCUAACAUCUAGCAUCAAAAAUGACAGAAAACAUCAAUUUAAUUUUGAAAAAUAUUAUCUCAUUUGCUUUCCUUUAAUAAAAACUGACUUAGAUUUUUCGCCCAUUAUACUCAGUUAUCAGUUUCUAAAGCAAAGCUAAAUUCACACUUGAUUUCCAUUGACGUAUGAACGAUUCAUUCCAGAAUAACUGUGUAAACAUAAAUAAUCUCUCCAAUUCAUCUAUUUUAUGGAAGCCUGUAGUCAACUGGACUAUUUCAUGUUUCCUCAUCAUUGUUACAUGCAUUAUAUUCUUUGGAAAUCUUUUGAUAAUUAUUGCAUUUGCAACAACAAGUCGUUUAAGACGCGUGACAGAUCAUUAUAUUGUUUCACUCGCUAUGGCUGAUUUACUUGUGUCAGUCCUAGUGCUUCCUUUGGCUAUUGUUCGUCAGAACUUGGGUUACUGGCCGUUUGAAUCACAUGAAUUAUGCCAAUUCUGGUUGUCAGCCAAUAUAGUAUUGUGUAUGGCAUCAAUACUCAACCUGUGCUGCAUAUCUUUGGAUAGAUUCAUUGCAAUCAGUCGACCUAUCCAAUACAUCAGAAUACGUAAUCAUCGAACGGCUUCUGCAAUGAUAGCUGUUGCUUGGACGCUACCGAUGAUGACAAUGUUACCACCUUUGAUCGGAGGAAAUCAACACGCUUUAGGAAAAGGUUCAUGUCAUUUGACGAACAACAAAGGCUAUAGAAUUUAUUCGUCUAUAGUUGCAUUUUAUGGUCCAUUCCUACUGAUCGCCUAUAUGUACUUACGCGUAUUCUACGUAAUAAAACAUCGUUCGAAAAGUUUUCAAUAUGUAAAUAUCAAAUUUUCACCGUCAGCAAGUCAUAAGUCAAAUGUUACAGCAAAACCAGAUCUUUGUGUAACAUUUUCAAGUCCAAAGAGAGGAAAGUCUGCGAAGUUAAAAUCUCUGGAGAAUCCUGUUGUCACCAUGAAAAUCAGUAAUCAUUCUUAUAUUCAUACAAAUCCUUUCGAUAAAAUUUUCCCGCAUCAUUUAGUAAAGAACAAAAAGAUCAACACAUUUUGCAGCAAUCAUCAUUUAUUUCACAAAACAUAUAAUAUUGGAUGUAAGACAGACUAUAAAAAAGUUUUAACCGACAGAAUUGACAGUAAGCUCUCCGUUAAAAGUCGAGAUGAAUUAGAAGUAAUAUCGCCUGAGCCAACAGACCCAAUCCUUAGAGUGAUGAGAACAUUUCAUAUUUCACCCGAGCAUACUACUUCAAAAGAUGCCUGUUCAAAUUGUUCAACAAAUCCAGUGUUUCAUAUUAAAAGUAAACCGAAAAUUCAACAUGUCGACAGUGCAUACACUAUUAAGGUAACAGAAAAGACUAAACACAGCGACCGAUCUGCAUUCUGUCCAUCACAAGUGUUCUCCAUCACAUCUUUUAAAUGUCACCACCAUGAAGAAUCCUAUUGUUGUCGUUGUCAUUGUUGUCACCAGAAUCAGAAACACUUAGAGACACUUAUAAAUCGUUCAGAACCUUGUUUUAAGGUGAGAUGCAAUAAAGCACAACAAAGACGAGUGAAUAAUCUGCACAGUCGUCGACGUGAUCAUUCAAUCUUUCACAGAGAACAAAAGACUGCAAGAAUUUUAGCCGCCGUGGUUGGUUGUUUUACAGUUUGUUGGUUUCCAUUUUUCACAGUUCUGAUUAGUGAAGCUAUAUGCGAGUGUCAGUACUCAGAUAAUCUUAUCAACUUUGUUGUAUGGUUAGGCUAUUUUAACAGUAUUUUCAAUCCAUUCAUAUAUGCAUUUUUUAAAAAAGAAUACGCAGAUGCCUUCAAACACAUACUUCAUGUAAAUAUAAAAAAGUCUAAAAAACAUAUAAUUGGUAAAAAAUGAUGGUUUUUUUUUGUAAUUAAUAAAAACUAAAGAAUCCUUUGCUUUUAUUCUUAAAACACC